CCUCUCGUCUCCUCCCUCCCUUCCCACGUCCUCUUCUUGAAAGACAGACGGAACGAAUCAGAGGGCGGCGAGGGAUCUGUGUCUUUCGCGAGUCGCGAUGGAGCUCGAGAUGGCGUCCAUGGCGGCAGCCAUCGGUGUCUCGAUCCCCGUGCUCCGCUUCCUGCUUUGCUUCGUGGCCACGAUCCCGGCGAGCUUCUUUUGGCGGCUCGUCCCUGGAACCCUAGCGAAGCAUCUCUACGCCGGCCUCUCCGGGGCGGCCCUGUCCUACCUCUCAUUCGGUUUGUCCUCCAACCUCCACUUCCUCAUCCCCAUGGCGGUCGGAUACGCCUCCAUGCUCCUGUGCCGCCGCUACUGUGGGACCCUCACCUUCUUUGCUGGAUUCGGUUACCUCAUAGGCUGCCAUGUGUACUAUAUGAGUGGGAAUGCAUGGAAGGAAGGAGGCAUUGAUGCAACUGGAGCUCUUAUGGUCUUGACGCUGAAAGUCAUUUCAUGCACAAUAAACUACAGUGAUGGGCUACUGAGAGAAGAAGGUUUACGUGAAGCACAGACGAAAAACCGACUUCUCCAUUGUCCCUCUAUAAUUGAAUAUUUUGGUUACUGCCUCUGUUGUGGCAGCCACUUUGCAGGACCAGUAUAUGAGAUGAAGGAUUAUCUUGACUGGACAGAAAAGAAAGGGAUAUGGGCUCGUUCUAAAGACAGACCAUCACCAUCUCCUUAUCUUGCCACCUUGCGUGCUCUAAUUCAAGCUGCCAUAUGUAUGGCGAUUUACUUAUAUUUUGUACCACAAUAUCCACUUUCACGGUUUAACGAGCCCAUAUAUUAUGAAUGGGGAUUCUGGAAACGGCUGCAUUACCAAUACAUGUCUGGCUUUACUGCUCGUUGGAAGUAUUAUUUUAUUUGGUCCAUAUCAGAAGCUUCGAUCAUCAUAUCUGGUCUGGGUUUCAGUGGGUGGUCAGAUUCAUCUCCUCCUAAACCACAGUGGGAACGUGCAAAAAAUGUUGACAUUCUUGGUGUUGAAUUAGCAACCAGUGCAGUGCAGCUGCCGCUCGUGUGGAACAUCCAAGUUAGCACCUGGCUACGCUAUUAUGUUUAUGAAAGGCUUAUUCAGAAAGGAAAGAAACCUGGAUUCCUUCAGUUGCUGGCUACACAGACUGUUAGUGCUAUUUGGCAUGGAUUAUAUCCUGGAUACAUCAUUUUCUUUGUUCAGUCAGCAUUAAUGAUCGCAGGUUCACGAGUUAUAUACAGAUGGCAGCAGGCCGUUUCCCCAAACAAUGCAAUAUUUAGAAAGAUGCUUACAUUUAUCAAUUUUGCAUAUACGCUGCUUGUCCUGAACUAUUCCUGCAUUGGUUUCCAGGUACUAAGCAUGAAGGAAACGCUGGCUUCCUACCAAAGUGUGUAUUUUGUUGGCACCAUCGUUCCCGUUGUAUUGAUUAUACUGGGGUAUAUCAUCAAACCAGCAAGAUCUGUCAGGCCUAAAGCUCAGAAGAGCCAAUAGUGCACCGAAGUGGUGUUUUAUCCUUACCAUUGGACAAAAAAGUGAAAGCAAGAGCUAGUGUGGCUGCCUCGAUGACUCUUCUUCACGAUUAACAUAUAUGCACGCGCGUGUGUGAAGGGAUCCUUUUCAAUUGGCUUUUCUCCACUAUUUCGUCUGAUAUUAUAUGGGCUCAUUCUUUUAGCCGAGAGUACAGGAAUUGUUGUUGAGGUUUUGACAUUUGAUUGCUGUGACUGAUGGUUUCCAUGUCUCAAAUUCAUAAGUGCCAAUGUUAGAUUUUUAGUGUGAUUAGAAGAUUUUGUUCACCCAAAAGAACAUUUUCAUCAUGAAGGGAGCUGUCUUAUUGCCGAACUUCUGGUUCUUUUUGUUGAUACUGCAUUUUUUAUGCAGAAAAAAAUUGAUGCUAAUUAUUAUUACAUUAUAAGGAAACUAGUUAUUAUGAUUUGUUUUUUCGUUUA